AUGUCACAAUCUCACCACCCAGCGAUGAGGUAUUUUACUGCUGUCUCGAGAUCGAAUUAUUACUGUAGAGAGAUUUUUUUUCUAUUUCAUUAACAGAUUAUUAUAAAGCAAUAAGCUUGCAGGAAGACAAGCAGACGUUUUACCUUGGGAAUUAAUGAAAGCGUGCCUGCUAUCUCUUAAGGGGUGAAGAGUGGGUAGUUGUUUAAAAAUCUUACCCCACCCACGCAAAAAAACUCUUUGGAAAUGGGAGAAUCGAGACGUGGAUGAUUCUUGAGGCGUUCCUAAUCACCAGGUGUCAGACUAUGUGGUGUUUGUGGACUGGUCUAACGUGCCAAAUCAAAGAUCAGCAGGGAAAAAUCAUUUGAGAAGAAUUCUACAAGGCGCAUCCAAUGCUUAGCAGGACCACCCUGACAGAGAAAGGAAGACGAUGUUUCGGGAAGGCGAGGGUUCGGGGCAGCUGGGGCGGAGGCGGCCGUCCCCGGCACGAUGGCUUCGUGCGCUGCCCUAGGGGGAGAGGAUGGGCCUGAGGUCCGGGAAGAGCCUUCCCGAGACCCCCACUGCCAAUGCGGGGAGGGAAAAGUUCCGAAGCUGCCUCGAGGGAACAAAAGCCUGAUUUGGGGCCGGCUGAACUGGACAGGACACUGAAGCAAGCCAGUCUGCUCCGGAGACAGGCAGGGGCUCCUGCUGGCUCGGCGGAGGCCGGAGCCACCCUCGCCGCCGCCCUCGCCACCGCGCCGCCGCCGCCGCGGCCCCUGCGUUACUGGGGGAGACGGUGCCGCUGCGACAGGGGAGGACGCGGCUGGAGCUGAAGGAGGCUCCAACGCGCAGGCGCCGCCGAGCCCUGCCUGGAUGCUCAGUCAAGGCACUCAGGAAAAAAAAAUCAGCAAUUUAUAGAAAGAAGAAGCUAUAGUCUGUCGGGAUAUCCAACACCAACAGUACAUUCAGACAAUGCAUCUUCUAAAGCUUACUGAGAAUUCGGUUUCCGGAAACCUUUGCAAAACUGAGGAAUAUGAGACUGCGAAUCACGAGUACCCUUCCCUUGCAGCACAGAAGCAAUCUCUUCCCAUCUUCGAAUAUUCUGAUGGCAAAUCAAACGGAAGGCAAGAGGAAGCUUGGCCACAGAUUGGAUUGGAUCUCUUUGUGGAUUACAUUUUCAGUAAAAUGUGUGGAUCGAUCUUUUCCUUGUUCUUCUAUCUAGAUCAUAAGACUUGACUGAGGCUGUCUCCUUAUCCUCCAUCCAUCUAUGGCGAACUAUAGCCAUGCAGCUGACAACAUUCUGCAAAAUCUCUCGCCUCUAACAGCCUUUCUGAAACUGACUUCCUUGGGUUUCAUAAUAGGAGUCAGUGUGGUGGGCAACCUUCUGAUCUCCAUUUUGCUAGUGAAAGAUAAGACCUUGCAUAGAGCUCCUUACUACUUCCUGUUGGAUCUGUGCUGCUCAGACAUCCUCAGAUCUGCAAUUUGUUUUCCAUUUGUAUUCAACUCUGUGAAAAAUGGCUCCACCUGGACUUACGGGACUCUGACUUGCAAAGUGAUUGCCUUUCUGGGGGUUUUGUCCUGUUUCCACACUGCCUUCAUGCUCUUCUGCAUCAGCGUCACCAGAUACUUAGCCAUCGCCCAUCACCGCUUCUAUACAAAGAGGCUGACCUUUUGGACGUGUUUGGCUGUGAUCUGCAUGGUGUGGACUCUGUCUGUGGCCAUGGCCUUCCCCCCAGUUUUAGAUGUAGGCACCUACUCAUUCAUUAGGGAGGAGGAUCAGUGCACCUUCCAACAUCGCUCCUUCAGGGCUAACGAUUCCCUAGGAUUUAUGCUGCUCCUCGCUCUCAUCCUCCUAGCCACACAGCUUGUCUACCUCAAGCUGAUAUUUUUUGUCCACGAUCGAAGGAAAAUGAAGCCAGUCCAGUUUGUAGCAGCAGUGAGUCAGAACUGGACCUUCCAUGGCCCUGGAGCCAGUGGCCAGGCAGCUGCCAAUUGGCUAGCAGGAUUUGGAAGGGGUCCCACACCACCCACCUUGCUGGGCAUCAGGCAAAAUGCGAAUACCACAGGCAGAAGGCGGCUAUUGGUCUUGGAUGAGUUCAAAAUGGAAAAAAGAAUCAGCAGAAUGUUCUAUAUAAUGACUUUCCUCUUCCUAACCUUGUGGGGUCCCUACCUGGUGGCCUGCUAUUGGAGAGUUUUUGCAAGAGGGCCUGUAGUACCCGGGGGAUUUCUAACAGCCGCUGUCUGGAUGAGUUUCGCCCAAGCAGGAAUCAAUCCCUUUGUCUGCAUUUUCUCCAACAGGGAGCUGAGGCGCUGUUUCAGCACAACCCUUCUUUACUGCAGAAAAUCCAGGUUACCAAGGGAACCUUACUGUGUUAUAUGAGGGAGCAUCUGUAAAUCUUUAGCCUUGUGAAACACUAACCCUCUCUGCUAAGCAAUUGUGGCCUGUAGCCAUGUCUUGAGAAGAAAAUCAAGGAUGGGAUCAGCAGUUACAAGGAUUUGGGCAACAUUCUGCAGUCUUUGCAAUAGUUCACCUAUAAUCCUAUUUUAAAUCUCAGAGUGAUCCUGCUGACUGCUGGCAAAGGUUUGUAAUUAAGAAAGGACAGAACCACUGCCCUAAGUUUCUUUCUGUGGGUGAACACUAGAUAAUGAAAGUAGCAGGUGCUAAGUAUCAGUGCUAAUGCUGUGUAUAUCAUUACAUAUGAAAAAGAACUUUAAAAAACAAUUAGCAUUGGACAUUUUAAUAAAUUAAGUUGACAUGAAGUAAAUGUGUUGAUAAAAGCUAAUUUUAGAAGUUUGAAGACUUUAAAACAUUUCAUACUAUUUUUGUUUUGCAAAGACUACACUACUGGGGGACUUAACAGUACUGUAAUUCUUAAAAGAUGUGCCAUGAAUUAUUGGGGUACACCACUUUAAACACGCCUUGUAAGUUUGGGGGAGCAUUCCAAAGCAGUAUAUUGGUUCCAAUUAGAGUUUACCUUUUUUGUAUUAAUAUAUUGCUAUUUCUAAAUGCCACUUUCCUUCCCUACCAGUGAAAUUGCUAGCAUUGAACUGUAUUAUGUGUUUUUUGUUGAUUCAGUAAAAAAAAAAAAAAAAAGAAAAGUUUCCAGUUUGUUUCUAUUUUACAAAUGCUAGAUAUCUCUCUGGGAGGCAACAUGAAUGGAAUCAACUGACCAGAGCUGAGCAGUUCUAAAAAUGCAGAAUAAACACGUGUUGCCUUAAAGGGUUAUCUAGUGUCCUUCAUCUUCCUUAGCAGUGGAGCGAAUAGUUAGGAGGCAUGGAGCCAGUCACUGGCCCUGGCUCUUCAUCGGGAGGUGCAUGGAAGUGCAGUGAAUACUUUUCCCUCUUCCCUCACAUGGUUUGGAGAUUAAGGUGCACACCAUUAGGAUAAUGAGAUUUUCUUCUGAGGUGUGCUGCCCGUUCUAGCGUGUUCUAAGAAGCAGACAGUUGAUGUUUGUUUAUAUUGUAGGUCAGCUGUCAGGAGAGUCCGCAGCCUUAGUAUGAAUGACAUCUGGCACAACUUGUGAAGCAUCUACUGUAUGGAAGGCACAGUGUUCUCUAUCCUUCCUGCACAUUCAAUGUAUUGGUCCUUUAAAUUAUUUCAGUUUUAACUUGUGAAAGCUUAUAGUAUUAUUUCUGGUAUUUUAGAAAUACAUUAGAUUCUGUGAGUCUCAUUCUUUAAGAUAUAGAUGUGUGAACUUCAAUAUAAAGUUGCAUUUGCCAAAAUA